AUGGAGAAGUCGAAUGACAGCACUGAGUACGGUUUCAUCUUAGUGGGCUUCUCGGAUCGACCUCGCCUGGAGAUGGUACUCUUCGUCGUAAAUUUUACUCUGUAUUCGGUGGCUGUGCUGGGAAACACAACCAUAAUCCUUGUGUGUAUAUUGGACCCGCGGCUUCACACCCCAAUGUAUUUUUUUCUGGCAAAUCUUUCAUUUCUGGAUCUCUGCUUUAGUACCAGCUGCAUCCCACAGAUGCUGGUAAACCUCUGGGGUCCAGACAAGACCAUCAGCUAUGCUGGCUGUGUGGUCCAACUUUUCUCCUUCCUAUCUGUUGGGGGUAUAGAAUGCAUCCUUUUGGCUGUCAUGGCGUUCGACCGCUACGCUGCCGUCUGCAAACCUUUGCAUUACAUGGUCAUUAUGCACCCACAGCUGUGUGUGAGAUUGGUAGCCCUGGCCUGGGGGAGCGGGCUUAUCAAUGCCAUUGUCAUGUCACCACUAACAAUGACCCUGUCCAGAUGUGGCCACCGCAAAGUUAAUCAUUUCCUUUGCGAAAUGCCAGCUCUGAUCAAGAUGGCCUGUGUGGAUGCUCGUGCGGUGGAAAUGCUGGCCUUCACCUUCGCCAUCCUUAUUGUCCUGCUGCCCCUCACACUGAUUCUUGUCUCCUAUGGCUACAUCGCUGCUGCUGUGCUGAAGAUCAAGUCGGCUGCUGGAAGAUGGAAAGCUUUCAACACCUGUAGCUCCCACAUCACUGUGGUCUCCCUAUUCUAUGGAAGCAUCAUCUAUAUGUAUAUGCAGCCGGGAAACAGCUCUUCCCAGGACCAAGGGAAAUUUCUCACUCUCUUCUAUAAUUUAGUCACUCCCAUGCUGAACCCUCUCAUCUAUACCUUAAGGAACAAAGAAGUGAAAGGGGCACUAAAGAAGGUUUAA